AUGGCGGACACCGAAGUUGUUUUGGUGAAGAAGCACAGGAAGAAAAAGGAGCGGAAGUCACUGGCAGAAGAAGAUGUAGCCGAAAUACAACAUGCUGAAGAAUUUCUUAUAAAACCUGAGUCCAAAGUGGCUCAGCUGGAUACAUCUCAGUGGCCCCUGUUGUUAAAGAAUUUUGAUAAGUUAAAUGUAAGGACAACACACUAUACUCCUCUUCCUUCUGGCUCAAACCCUCUAAAGCGGGAGAUUGCUGACUACAUCAGGACAGGUUUCAUUAACCUUGACAAACCCUCCAACCCCUCUUCCCAUGAGGUGGUCGCCUGGAUCCGGCGGAUCCUCCGUGUUGAGAAGACAGGCCACAGUGGUACUCUGGAUCCCAAAGUCACUGGCUGUCUGAUCGUGUGCAUCGAGCGAGCCACUCGCCUGGUGAAAUCACAGCAGAGUGCAGGCAAAGAGUACGUUGGAAUUGUCCGGCUGCACAAUGCUAUUGAAGGGGGGGCCCAGCUUUCCAGGGCCCUCGAGACUCUGACGGGCGCCCUAUUCCAGCGACCCCCACUUAUUGCCGCAGUAAAGAGGCAACUCCGAGUCCGGACCAUCUAUGAGAGCAAAAUGAUAGAGUAUGAUCCGGAGAGAAGAUUAGGGAUCUUUUGGGUGAGCUGUGAGGCCGGCACCUACAUUCGGACACUGUGUGUGCACCUGGGGUUGUUACUGGGAGUUGGAGGUCAGAUGCAGGAACUUCGGAGGGUUCGGUCUGGAGUCAUGAGUGAAAAGGACCAUAUGGUGACAAUGCAUGAUGUGCUGGAUGCUCAGUGGCUGUAUGAUAAUCACAAAGAUGAAAGUUACCUGCGACGAGUCAUUUAUCCUCUGGAAAAACUGUUGACAUCCCACAAGCGCCUGGUUAUGAAAGACAGUGCCGUGAAUGCAAUCUGCUAUGGAGCAAAGAUCUUGCUUCCUGGGGUUCUUCGCUAUGAAGAUGGCAUCGAAGUUAAUCAGGAGAUAGUAGUCAUUACCACCAAAGGGGAGGCCAUCUGUAUGGCAAUCGCGUUAAUGACCACAGCUGUGAUCUCCACUUGUGACCAUGGCAUCGUGGCCAAGAUCAAGCGGGUGAUCAUGGAGAGAGACACAUACCCUCGCAAGUGGGGUUUAGGUCCAAAGGCAAGUGAGAAGAGGACAAUGAUCAAGCAGGGCCUUCUGGACAAGCAUGGGAAGCCCACAGACAACACGCCCACUGCCUGGGUGCAGGACUACGUGGAUUACAGGUGA